AUGCCGACGAAAUCAAAAAGAGCUCAGCUAGGGAAACCUUUGAAUGCCAAAAAGAAUGCAAAAAAGAAUGCAGUCGCCGCCUCUAAAAUAACUGAAGCAAAACCAAAAAAAGUGAAGUCUCUACAAGUUGGCAAGAAAGGAGUUAAUAAAGCAAUAAAAGAAGUUAUAAGUAAAAAAAAGGUUGAAGAAGCGUUAUUGGGGGAGAAAGAAUCUAAUGACUCUGAUAACUCGGAAAAUGCCGAAAUAAGCUCGAUAAAAGAUAAUAGUGAUGAAGGGGAUGAAAUUUCUUUGGACAAUUUGUCUGAAGAGGAAUUACAUGAGGAUAUAGUUCCUCAACAACGUAUAACUAUUAAUAACAGGGCAGUAUUAACUCGAAUAUCCAAUGAAUUAAAACUCGAUUUACCUUGGAUCGAAACUCAAGUUAUAACUUCGACAGAGCCGGUUAUUAUAAAAGAUGUAAAUAAUGAUAUGGAACGAGAGCUUGCAUUUUAUAAACAAGCACUCGAAUCUGCCAAUGAAGGACGCACUCGAAUACUUAAAGAUGGGACACCUUUCUCUCGACCAGAUGAUUAUUUCGCUGAAAUGGUAAAAUCAGAUGAACACAUGGCUAAGAUUCGACAAAAACUACUGGAUGAAACACAUCGUAUCAAAGCAGGCGAGGAUGCGCGUCGUCAACGUGAAUUGAAGAAGUUUGGUAAAAAGGUUCAAGUAGAAAAAAUUCAAGAGCGACAAAAACAAAAAGUUCAAGAAUUGGAAAAGAUAAAGGCGAUGAAAAAAAAGCGAAAGGGUAUCGAGGAUACUGCUCUUGAUGAUGAUUUCGAUAUAGCGCUCGAAAAAGCUGCCAUUGAAGAUAAGCGACCGAAUAAACGGCAGAAAACAACAACUAUGCCGAAUAAAAAGCGCGCCAAAAAAGACGCAAAAUAUGGAUUUGGAGGGAAGAAACGUCAUUUAAAAUCCAACACCGCGGAUUCCUCAGGAGAUAUUGAAGAUUUUAAUCCGAAGAAAAUGAAGGGUGGUUGGGGAGCCUCAAAAGCAAAGCUAAAAAAGAGAAUCGUCAAAACACGCCCUGGAAAGGCAAGAAGACAAGCGGCAAGAAAUAAGAAAAGAUGA